UCAAGCAUAUUUCCUUUCUCUCAUUCGUUCCCCUCAAACAACAGUAUAAUGUAGUAAGGCUGCGUCUCUGUGUUUUUUAUCUGAUCAGGGGAGACCAAAGGUGAUAUUCUACUCUACUCUAUUCUGCUCUUCUCAGGGAUAGUACUUCCCAAAAGUACAAGAACUUUGGCUUGUAGUGCUGAACAUUUCUGACUGGUCAAGUAAUCACAUUUACUUGACCAAUUGCUGUUUGGAGGAGGGGUUAAGCUAAAGGUCUUUUCACAUCAAUAACAUCCACACAACUCACACUUUACACUUUAAAAUGAAUGCAAAGUAUUCCUUAUCGGGUGAAGGUAUAAUCAAUCCAGUAAACAAUUGUGCAAUGCUAUCAUGACAUGACAAGUUGUUUUGACUUUCUUCAGUAGAAUAAAGGUUGAGUAAGGUAUUUAGAUGUGUCUUUGUGUUUUUACUGUACUAAAAGAAACAUAUUGCGUGGUUGUGAUGCCUUUUUUUGGAGCUGCAGCUAAUUUGUGAUGAGGAAACUUCGCCACCUACUUUACCAGGUGUAUAUGGGUUUAUGAGCAUCAAGGAAAUGACAGAGUCCAAGAGGGCCGCCCUCUUUCCCAGCAGUGAUAGGUGUGCCUAUACCUAUACACAGGAGGAACCAACCGAUAAGCGUAACACAACACUGUUAGAGCCUCAGGAAAGACAAGUCGGUAGAUGCACAAGAAAGGUAUGUGAGUUUUAUGUUUAAUUUUAAAGCUCCUGUAUUUAUAGGGAAAGUUUGCUGUAGAUUUUUAGUCAGAUGGAAAUAACAAGCUGAUUGUUAAACUAAUACUUAAUCACAUUGUUUGAAGUUCAUGUAUGUUAUGAGUGAAUCAGUUUCAUUUUUAGCUACUCAGGACAUUAUGACAUAAAACAUAAAUCCACAACCAGAAAUGUAUUUUCACUGUAAAUCCUUUAACUGUAUUAAACUUCUGACAAAUGCAGCAAUCAAAUGGCCGUCUAUUUGAUCAGGAUAACAGAGAAUACUUGAUCUGAUUGGACAGGCGAUAUUGCAAUAUUUUGAAAAUCCCACAUGGCUCUGACGUAGUAUUCUCACCACCCUUCUGACUGGAUGCCAGUAAUGAAUACUCAUACCUGGAAGGUUAUUAUUCAUUCCAGAUGUUACUGUGUCAUGGCUUCUACUUGUUGAAGAAGGAAAAUGUUUAUCCGUAUUGGUAUUUUUCAGUCAAAAAACAAUACUCCUGUAAUACUCAAUACACUGUAAUGGGGCCCAAAACUAAACAAUGCAAAGAAAUAAAUAAGGAAAAUUAUACUUUUUAUUGAAUCCUUAUUGUACCGUAUACUCCCUCCUGUGUUACCUUUGGACCCUGGUAAGGAUGCAUAUAUUCUCUGUAAACAGUUACGGCCUGCUUGAGUGUGUGUCAGGGUCAGCAACCACUUUGUCUUGUAACUCUAAUUUGAGACUAUAAUAAUAAUUCAGCAAUAUUAUUGUCAAAACUGAGAGUAUAAAGGGGGAAAGUGGAGUACCCGGAGUAAACCCAAGCUGAUACAGGGAGAAAGUCCACACAGCAACAGUAGUUGUCAAUAAUCUUUUGACUUUGCUGCACUGUUGCAAACCUUCUCCACCCCACCUGCAGCUGUUGGUGAGCUGUUUUAUGGGAUGAGUGCCAUUAAAAAGAAGACGGCCAGUAAACCUACAGCGAAAGCUGGAGCACAUGCCUUCACCUACUGUGGGAGGCUGUAUGGGGCCUGAAUCCACAGCUGGAUCCUGUAAUAUUAUUACAGACUCCAGCAGCUUCCUACCUCAGAACUUCUACUGCUGGUCUUUCAGUGCAGCUUUGCAGACUUUCUAGGUUCUCUUGAUGUCUGGGCAAGUAAGUCCUUCCAUCGUUUGGUUUUUUCAGUUCUCAAUUUAUGCCUUGGUUGUAGACUCACAACAACCAGAGGCAGAUGGAUAUGUUUGAGGUUGGUUCAUGGUGACCUUGUUUUCCUUCUCUAGGAUUGUCUCUGGUGUGUUUUCUUCAGAUACAGCACUUGUUUGUGGUUCUUCUGUUAUCUAUAUCAUACAUACUGUUCUUCAGUUUGGUGUUACCUACAUCCGACACCAGUAACACCGUUCAGCUCACUCAGUCGGCAGUGCUGAUUGGUCUAAAAUCACACACCACUCCUCUUAACCAUACCAUGGAACACCUAAGACGCUUACAAACAGCCACAUACAGUCUUAUUUAAGUGUGAAUUAUAUAAGCCUAUAUAAAAGUACUUAAAAAUAGUUGUUUGAUGGUCCAGACGGGGGUCAUGGGCCAACACAGCUGUAACAAUAAAGGUUCCCAGCUGAUGAUGUGUUCACUUUUAAUAUUACCUCCCUUGUUCGUACACCUUGUCAAGUUUUGCAAGCACCCAAACUCGACUGCUAAUAAGGUUAAUGAGAGGCUGAGGCUCUAAUUUAAGAGGCUUAUUUGCAUGACAUUAUUAGCUACUGCUCUAUUAAUAGUAGAUUGAUUAGCGUGUGUAAUUAUUAAUUAAUUAUUUUUUGACAACCAUACAGUUUGUAAUGAGUGAUCCAUUACUUACUUAUCAAACUCAUGUCUUAUUCAUAUAUUGUCUUUAAUUAUUAUAUUUGUUGACCCAACACCAGGAUGAACCUUGCACGUAGCAUGCAGUGUGAUGUUUUCUGAAUUAAGAAAUUAAAGCAGUUCAUCAGCAUUGUAGGUUAGCCAAAAAGGAGCACAAAGGAGAGGGGUGGUGUUCCGCUUCUGUUGAUGCCUGCGGCUGCUGUGAGAGCCUGUGAUCAAUGACACUCACUCGUAAAUUUAGAUAUGAUUCACUGUUGAGCCUUUUACAGUCAUCGUCGUUAACCCACUUCCCUUGGCGCUUACGUAUAAGGCAGUAUCAAAAACAAAAACAAAAAAAACGAUACAUUCAAAGCAAUUUUUGCAGGUGUUACUAAAGUUGUGAAUCAGGUACUGUGGUCAACUGUAGUUUCUCACUGCCCAUGAGUUCACCUGUCCCUUCUGAACUCAUACCAGUCCCCUUUGGACUCCGUAUUGUACUGUUACAAUACAUAGUCCAGGCACAUACCAGUCCUUGUCUCUGUAGCAGGGGUGCAAAUUACAAGCUUCUUCUUCUGUGGCGAAACAAUUAAAUAGUUAGCCACUACCAAUUACUUGUAAUUGUACAUUUAAAUAAAACACUUUUUGAGCUUUUGAUCCUGUCAAGCGAUAUAAAGACUGACAUAAACUGUUUGUACUCAUCCUUGUUCAGCUGGUUUGGGUUCCUGUCAUCAAAGCCAAAUUGACAAAGAAGUACUGUAAUUCAUAUGUAUGCUAACACGAUACUUUGUUUUCUGUACAGAUAUACUGUAUUCAACAACCAAUGGAAUACACCAUCAUCUGUGCAUGCUGAUACCACACCAAAACAGACCAGAGGUGCAUGCGCCCACAUGCAAAAGCAGACAAUAAGUAUUGACCUAAUGUCCGAGCCUCCUAAGUGCUGCAUCUGUCUGGAUGAGUUCACAAGCCCUGCUUCCCUCCCCUGUGGACACCGCUUCUGCCUGGCCUGUAUAGGCGAAUACUGGAGGAUCAAUGGGGCCUGGCAGUGCCCCCUCUGCAAGGCCAUUUUCCCCACCAGGCCACAGCUCAAAACAGACCAAACACUACAUGCUGGUGCCUCAACUGAGGAAGCAACUGUGCCUUUAAAAGCUGGAGAGGUUCCCUGUGAUUUCUGCCCAGCAAAGCAUAGAGCAGUCAAAUCCUGCCUGGAGUGCAUGGCCUCAUAUUGUGUCGCUCAUCUCGAGCCACAUUACCAGAAUGAAGAUCUUGGGCGCCAUCUUCUGAUCAGUGUGGUGAAGAACCUGGAUGACUCUGUUUGUAGACUGCACGGAAAGCAGUUAAACAGGUUCUGUAGGAGUGAUCAAACGUGCAUUUGUGCUAUGUGUGUCCAGUCGGAACACAGGGGCCAUCACAUUAUUUCUAUCAACAAGGAAGCUGCAAAGAAGAAGGUCAAACUAAAAAGGAGAAAGAUGAAACUUCAGCAAGCCAUUCAAGAGAGACUGAGUAAAGUUGAGAAAAUCAAGAUCUCUGCAGACCUCAAUGGAGAAAAUCCAAAGGAGGCUUGGGCACAAAAUAAAGAGCUCACCCGACAACUGGAAGAAGAAAUCUCCGAGUUGCAGAGAAGAAACUCUGAGUUGGAGCAGUUCUCGCAGACUGAAGACAACCUCCACUUCCUACAGAGAUUGCUGCACACUGAUCUUAAGGAUCGGACGAACCUGUUGACGACUGACCUUCAAAAGCACUGAAGUUGUUUUUUUCUUUUCUAAAAGGGUUUAAAACUCCACAGCACCAUACCUAGUUGGUUGGUGUGUUUGCCUGAAGAGAAUGGGCUGACCUUUCGGGAAAUAUGCUUAUUCACUUUCCCAUGGAAAGUUAGAUGAGAAGAUCAGUAUCACCCCCACAUCUCUCUGUUAAAUACAAAGGCUAGUCUGUUUAUUUAAUUUUGCAUAAAUACUGGAAACUGUAACAAAAUCUCCCUAUUAGAACCUCUAAAUCUCAAUAGUGAGGCGCUAUAUUUUGUUUGUGUAAAAACAAGAAUUUGCCGUUUCAUGGUGGUGGGGUUUUGUGUUUGAGCAGUUGUCAGGCAUCCAAACAGAGAUUCCAGGAAGUCACCUCUCAGAGCCAAGAAAUUGUUUGGGCCAUUUUAACAAAACGCAAAUUGUUGUUAUUACACGUCAGCUUUUGUGUGGAUUAAACAGGUGUGGUAAUUACCGAACUUCGCAGCUGCUGGUAGGCAAAUUUUAUUAUCACUGAAAGGGAGCCAGGCUAACUGUUAAGAUAAGCUGGUAUUGAUCUUUCCAUGUAAUUCUUGGCCAGAAAGCAAAUAAGCUUAGUUCCCAAAAUGUCAAACUUUUGUUUCAGUUUCAUUUAAAUGUAUUCCCUGUUGAAUGGUAACUAUUAUCAGUUUGUGUUCAUUUAUAACAAUUAUGUGCACUAUGAAAUAUUAAAGAUGAUUUGUACAGAUUUAAAGAAACCUCAACAACUACAAUUAUUGCUUAAUUCUUUUUUUUAAAACUCCAGGGUGUGGCAGUAGCUCCAGAAUGUAUUGUAUGAAUGUAAUUUAUUUUAAGGGCAUUGUGAGCUCACAUGCAGUACAGUAUUUCAGUGUAAAUGUUUAAGGCUUUUGGAUGAAUGAAUAAAAUGUCAAA